CUUUGUUCAGUCUCUUAUAUUUAAUUAAUACAUAUGUACAUAUCCUCCUGUUCCUGAUCUCCUGUUCCGUUCUUGUGCAGUUACAUCGACUCUACCCAUCACAUUCCUUUCCUUCAUCAACUGUCCUGUCCUGUCCUGUGAGUGUGAGGCUUAUUAUAGACCAACCUCCAGACUGACUGACUGUCUCUUGUCUUUCACUUAUACACAUUCUCUCCUCUCAACCUCCUCUCCCCCAUCUUAUCUACAUACCUCAACUUUCUCUUCGUACCUGAGACUCGGAUCAUCCUCUUUGUAUCAAAAACAUACCAGAGUUAAACUCCACCAACCACUCACUCACUCUCUCUACUACUACACCACCACUACAGUCCAAAACAGAGCCACAUGCCAUUCCCCAUCUGACAUCCACUUCUUUGUCCGCCUUUAGACCGUGAAUUUAAAGAACAAAACGAGGCUUCUUUUUUAAUUUCCCGCCUUUUCCUCUCUCUCAUACAAGAAUUCCAAUCUCGUACCUUUGUCAGUCAGCCUCUUGUCUCCCAACCCUUCUUUUAAAUCUCUUUAUCUCAGCUUGCCUCGUUCCUAUCUUGCUUCUUCCCCAACUCUAGAACAACUCUCCACAUACUCACCCACUCACUCACUCACAACUACGACUACAACUUCAAACCAACCACCCUUUUUGAGGCUUCUUUCUAUAUAAGAAACCCUUCAACCCUACAAGUCGACUUGAUGAGAUCCGCUGCUGUUUAUCCUUCCGAGAGACGUGAUCCUCGGUGUAUUAAUCUUCCCUUGAAUCGACUUCGAUCUUCAAAGAUGCAUAUCUCGGAUGACUUCCAGACGCUUUGCGAGCGUGUCCAAACAAUGGUUCGCCAACGACGCCGUAAGGAAAAGCGUCACAUGGAAAUUUCUGCACCUUUUGGCUUCGAAAAGAACCCAGUCAACCUCCCAGGAGUAUCAGAGGAGCAACUCUCUAUGCUUCGAGAACAAGCUGCCGCCAGUCGAAUCGGCAUCGCAGACCCUGCCAGUCCUACCGCCCCUCGCUCACCCUGCUCAACCUCGAGCCUCUUCUCCCAUCCAGUCCGACCACCCAUCAAGACUGUUCCAACAUCCACUUCUCUCUCGUCCACCGACAGCCUCAACUAAUCGAGUGUGGACAUUUAUCAUUACUAUUGUUUUUGCCGCUAUUAGAGGUUUUAUCAGGGGCGUCUGAAGAAAGGAAACACAACACUGGCUUGGGUCUAUGGAAAGGAGCAACUGUACGAUACACACGGAAUGGAUUGGAAUGGAAUGGUAACAAAAUUGGGCGGAUCAUGGGGAGUUGGGCAUCUACGGAACCACGGGAACGGGAACGGGAACGGCAACAUUACAGAAUAUCAUCAUACCCGGCGUAAUCUAAUCUGAUUAAUUCUUUCACCGACAUUGUUGCUCUCAACUUCUCCCGCUGGUACCCCUAAAAUUAGGGGUUCUGUGCUAAGCUGUACCGGUGUCAGUUAGGAAUGUGAACGGAACAAUGUCGUUGACGGGGAGCGUGACAUGUUGUUUCAUUUCAAGGUCUAAGACAUGCAUGCACGCAUGCGUCCAUCCUCG